AUGGAUAUGUCCAUUAGAAUACCCAAGACACGAUCCAGGACUGGGUGCUUUACGUGUCGAAAAAGAAAGAAGAAGUGUGACGAGCUACUGUAUCCGGUAUGCCAGAAUUGUCAGGAAAAGAAUCUAGCUUGCCAAUGGCCUCUGAAGAAGCAUGAGUUUCAUAAGAAUAUGGAGGAGGUUAAGUAUAUUGGGUACGAGGAUAAAAUUAGGGAAACUAAUACUCGUCAGUUGAAAAGGAAUUCUUCAGAACAGCACAAUACGUAUAGUGAGGACGAAAUACAGCUCAAGAAGCGAAACGAGGGUCAAAAGGGACGCAAAGAGACUAGUUUUAUGUCAAUAAGGCCGUUCAGUGAAGCUGGUAAUUUGCUAGCUAUCAACGAAAUUGAAAAUGAUAUAUCAUCAACACAAGCCACCGUAUAUAACAAUCAGUUCCUACACGAAGUACCAAUUCAUCGCAGCGAUUCCACUUCUGAUACAUACGACAAUGGACCUAGCGAUCAUGAAAACCACGGCAGCCAAUAUGCCCGUAUACGACAUGCAAUAGACUCGAAAUCCCUCAAGCCACCCAGAACUUCAAAACUCGACUCGAUACAACUACAGAAGAAGAGACACAACUAUUUCUUAGAAAGAAUCGCCAUGCAGCAGGAUUGCGUAGAUUCGGAAGAAGAGAUAACGGAUAUUGCACCUGCCAGUCCAUUUGAAAUUGACUCGUUGAUCGAUAAUGACUACAUUCUAAAUGACAACGACAAACAAGACCACGUCGAAAGAGCCCAGUCCCCCAUCCCGAAAGCAGAAACAACACUUAAUGACCUACAUCAGCCAGGGAUAGCUUUUCCGCCUCAAAUAAUUAUAUCUAAUUCCAACCACGAAUCCAAUGUUCAGAGUUCUUUACUACCACUGAAAACUACAAAUUCUACACGUAAAGAUGGCUUUCCGAAUUGA